AUGGAUCCAUGGAGACCUAAUCGGCCGGAAAAGCGGGAUGACUUCGAGGUCGCUAUCAUCUGUGCUCUGACUCUUGAAGCUGACGCCGUCAUCGCUCUCUUUGACCAUGACUGGCAAGAUGAUGGUUUUUCCUACGGCAAGGCUAGAGGGGACCCUAAUGCUUAUUCAAUUGGUGCCAUUGGGCAACACAAUGUGGUAUUGGCCCAUCUACCCGGGAUGGGCAAAGUCUCUGCUGGCAACAUCGCUGCGUUUUGCCGCAUGAGCUUUCCCAAUAUCAAGCUAGCGCUACUUGUCGGUAUCUGUGGCGGCGCGCCUACUUAUAAUAAAGGCAAAAGCCGAAUACGUCUCGGCGACGCGAUCAUCAGUACCGGUAUUGUUCAAUACGACUUUGGUCGUCGGUUUCCGGAUCAAUUCGAGAUCAAGGAUAGUCUCAAUGAUAUCCCCGGAAGACCAAAUCUUGAGAUCAGAAGCCUGCUAUCAAAACUGAUGACAACGAGGGAGAACGCAAAGAGUCCGGCCACUUUCCCAGGACGAUCAAAAGAUCUACUUUUUCCAGUUGAUUACCGUCACAAACACCAAGACUCGCUGGCGUGUACGUUAUGUGCAUCGUGCCACCAGGAAACAGAUCCAAUUUGCGACAUAGCCCUCACCUCAAGCUGCGAACAGAUACGAUGCGACACGAGCCAGUGUUUGCAAAGAGAUAAUGAGGAGGGAGAGGAACUUCACCCAUUUGUCCAUUUUGGUACAUUCGCGUCAGGGGAUACGGUAAUGAAGUCUGGCAAAGAUCGUGAUCAUAUCACGAAGCAGACGCAGGCUUUGGGAUUCGAGAUGGAGAGUGUCGGCGUAUGGGAAGUCUUCCCAUGCGUCGUAAUCAAAAGUGUAUGCGAUUACGCUGACAGCCAUAAGAGCAAGGACUGGCAGCCUUAUGCUGCUGCUUGUGCAGCAUCAUAUACAAAAGGAUUCCUUAGAUACUGGGAUUCAACAAGACAUGCCGAAUCUACAUCCAAGCCUCAGCAGUUUCGGAAACGCAUUAUCAAAAGCCUCAGCUAUGUAGACAUGAACGAAAGAAGGAACAAUAUUCAAUCAGAGGCACCAUCUACGUUCAACUGGAUCUUCGAGGGAUCGGUUGAGUAUCCUGGAAAACAAGGCCCGGGCUGGCUUUCAGAUCAAGAUUACGAUACUGAUACAGAAUCGGAGCCUGAAUGGGAAACAGAAACAGCAUCGAACACCGAGUCAGAGCAAGAAGGGACCAUUGAAGCGCAUGAAGAUAAUGGAACAGGGUGGGAAACAGCGUCAGACGAGGAGUCCGGAAACGAAGAUUCCCUUGAAGAGGAUGAACAUAGUGAAGCGAGCUGGGAAACAGCAUCAGAUGAGGACUCGAGAGAAGAGGGCUUCCCUGAAGCGGACGAUGACAUGGGGGCAGACUGGGCGACAGAAUCAGUUGGUAGAUCUGAGACCAUCGAGGAUUCCACCCCAAGCCGACGACAAUGGAGACAUUGGGACAGCUUUUCCAACUGGCUGAAGUCGGAUCUGCCAGUUUACUGGAUAAGUGGUAAACCGGGCUCUGGGAAGAGCACUCUCAUGAAAUUCAUCGUAUCCGAUUCCAGGACGCUAGAUGCGCUGAAGGAAUGGAACAAGGAUGUAAUCAUCAUUGCACACUUCUUUUGGAAGCCAGGCGGUACGAUGCAGCAUUCUUUCAAGGGCUUUCUCUGUUCAUUGCUCUGUCAGAUCCUGAAGAACGACAGGAGCAUCUCAAAUAAAUCUCUCAAGAGAAUCAUUCAAGAUAAAGAUGGGAAGGAAUCACCAAGUGAUUGGGACCAACACGAGCUUCGAGAGCUUCUUUUGCACUAUCGAAAUCAUUCGUCACAGCCUAUAUGUUUCUUCAUCGACGCUCUGGACGAGAUUUCGCCGGAGCAGGAUACGCUCGAUACGCUACACGUUCUCAAAACUCUUAUCUCCCCUACUACCAAAAUAUGUGUGUCAAGCCGACCGGAGCGUCUGUUUCGACUUCGCCUCCAAGGCAAACCAGGUCUUGAGAUCCAUAAGUUGACGUGGCUGGACAUAGAGCAGUAUAGCAAGGUUUCCAUACGGGAUUCCACCCUGCUACAACCACAAGGCCUCAAUAUCCCAGAUCUAGCAGGGCGUAUAAGUGCAAUGUCUCAGGGCGUUUUCUUAUGGGCUGUGCUUGUCACGCGGUCAUUGAUUCGAGGCAUCAAUAACGGCGACUCAAUGAGGGUUAUUUAUCGACGAUUGGAUUCAACACCUCGAGACCUCAUGGACCUAUACCGGGAUAUUCUAAUGCGAUCUGCUGUUGAUCAUGACAUAUACCAUAAAUCUGCCUCUAUGAUGUUCAAUUUGGUUCUUGUCCUAAAGGGCAAACCUAUGCCAUUGUUUGAAGCCAUUUUGGCAACGGAUGAGCCAUUGUUGGAUCAAUUUGUCGUCCGGCGUAAGGGAAUACCUGCACAAAAUCUUGUAACCAAGGGCUUGCGCGUGGUGAACAACCUAGAACUUGGUUGCGCCGGGUUAUUGGGAGUUCGUUCCUCGACAAAAGACAGACCUCCUACUCUCAAAUCGAAGCCAUUACUUGCUUGGCUCAGAACAACAAUCACUUUUAUCCAUAGAAGCGCUGAAGAAUUUCUGAUUGACACGGAGGAUGGCCGCAAACUUUGGGAGUCUUGCCCAUGCUCGCAGGAAGAGCUCUUGAUUCGAAGGGCGAAAGCUAAACUUGCUUGGUAUGAACUUUAUCAGUCACUGAGUAUCGUAUCAGAAAUGAAGUCUUGUGAGCUGCCCUUUGUCUUGGAGACCUUGACCAAGUGGAUACGCGAAGCGAGCCUGCCACUCACCGUUAGCACCACUAUGUUGACCCUUGCACAGAAAAUGUAUGAGCGAGGAUCUCUAUUGACACCGGAAAUCUACCGUGAACUUCUACCCCUUCAUUCUCGCCGGGGACAGUUCUUGAUAUAUGCAGUAUCUUUUGGUCAUACUACAUUUGCGUUCAACAACUUGGCAACUUUUCCAAAUUCUGAGAGAUACGAGACUGCUUAUUAUAUCUUUUAUAAUGUUUGUGCCGAGCUUCAUCCCCCGGAUGAUGACGGAAAUAUGAUGCAUGAUCGCGGGGUAGUCAAGUUCAUGAUCGAAAACGGCUACAGUCCCAACUGGCCCGGAAGCUCAGAGACGACAACUUGCAAAUUUGGCAGCCCUUGGCUUCGAUAUCUUUUAGCACUACAGGGGGAACUUAGCGGUAGAGUGAAAGCUAUACUCACUUCGACUCAGGCACUUGCAGUCUUGGAUACUAUACGCAUGUUCCUCAAAUCUGGGGCCAGUGUCCAGUCUAGGUUCAAGAUAGUAUUCAGUUGGUGUCGAGCGCCCGAGAGAAGGCUACCUGCACAUAUUAGUCUUGAAGCUCUUUGUAUUCAUCCUUAUAAACGCUUCCCCUGUCCGGACAACUGUGGCUUCUUGAUCCUAGAGAUAAACGCCAAGGUGCUCCUGGAACCAAUACUAGUUCAAGUACACGGUGCAAUACGCCCCGUUUCCCGUUUGAGGCUUCCGGAGGCUGCCUCUCACACAAAGGCUCUUGCAUUCGGUAAUUGGAACAAGAAGGAGUAUUUCAUCGUGGAUAGAAAUUGGGUGUCAGAGUUACUUGUAGAAGGAGUAAAACUCUGGUUUCGGCACGCUACGAGGAAGGGCGAUGACACAAAGUUGAACAACACGGUUAUGGGGAUGUGUCGUUACGUUACUGGCAAAGUUGGUGAAGGUUCGUGCCGUCAAGACCCGUGGCCCUUUUAA